UCUUGUGAAGUGCAAUUUGUAGAUUCUAAUAUUUGUUUGGUUGGGGCUAUGACUGAAAAAGAUGAUUUCUGAUUUUGUUGAUGCAGUUGUGGAUUAUAUUUCUAUAUUUUUACAUAUAGUGAACUUUGCUUGACAUGGUGGCCAAAAUAUUUGGAAUGGAUCCCUUGGAUAUUGUUAACAGGAUAUCAUUUUUACUAUUAUGUGCAGUUUUCUUUAUGAUACGGUUAAUUUGUUAAUGUAAAUUGAUUUUCACUUCCCUCAAAUUGGCAGGAAAGACUGGAGGAUAUUGAAAGGGACUAACGUGAAUAUGCAUUGGACGAUGAGGACAAGAAGGUUCAAGACGUAAUUCUUAAACCAGACCCUUCAAAAAAUGACACUAUGUGGUUGAAGAAAACUCUUUCUUGUUCCUACCCAAACUUGCCUUUUAAUGAGGCACGUCAAAAAGAAAAUGAAAAGCUUCAGUUAGAACUACAACGUUCACAAGCCAAUUUGGAUGUGGGUGAGUGUGAAGUAAUUCAACACCUGCUUGAUGUCACAGACGCUGUUGCCGUAAAUUCUGUAUCUGAGAAGAGUUCACCCAUGAGAAUUUCCAAAAAGGUGGAGCAGAACUAUUCAGAUGUUAAUAGUGAAAAGGAGCAUUCAUAUGAUGAAAGCUACACUAAGCAAAGUGAGACUUACUCAACUUCAAGGACAACUUGCUCGGGAAGUUUACAAGAACAUUAGGAGAUAAGCUUCUUGUCUGAGAAUUCAGAGAGAUUUUCGCAUGCAUCUUGCUAGGAAAGCUUAUAAAGAAUUGUGCUCUUUUGCUGUUUCUAUUCAGGCUGGCAUGCGUGGAAUAGUUGCACGUGAUGAGCUUUGCUUCAGAAGGCAGAUUGCUUUUUAUGGAAAGCUUUCAUUGCUGUAUUCUCUUAGACUACUUGACUACAUGAAUUGUGCAUUUGGAUGUAUUAGUAGAAACUCCAACAAUUUCUUUUA